AGCAAGAGUGAACGACGUCGGUGCAACCGCAAGUGUAACAAGUCACACCGAAGACCAUCUAGUUUUUCUCACUUUUCUGUGAUUUUGGUCUCGCUUUUUUCGCGAGUGUGUUCUCUAGAAGUGUGAGGGCAGCACUGUUCAGCUGCGAAACGUUCACCAAUCACAGGAGAAGCAGUUUCUCUACCCGCUUCAUAAUUCUACGCCGGUUGCCCCCGCCUUGGCUUACUAUGGUAUUUAUGAUAACUCAUUCGCUAGAUGAGUUGUUAGCAUCUGCUAGCUCGAAAUUUAAUAUGAGUGCUAAAAGAAUAUUUACAUCGCAAGGUGGAGAAAUCGAUGACAUUAAGUUAAUACGGGAUGAUGAUGUCCUAUACGUUUCAGAUGGUCAAGAUUUUAUUUCAAAGGAUAAAUCUAUUACGAAGAAUCAGUUAAAUAGAAAUUCAGAAUGGAUUACUUUAAACAUUGGUGGAAAAUACUUUACCACAACCAGGGAUACGUUAACAAAAAAGGAACCAACGAGUAUGUUAGCUAGAAUGUUCACUGAAACAACAAACAAUAAACAGAGAAUUUUACCAAGUAGACAAGAUCAGAACGAUGCAUUUUUAAUUGAUAGGAGUCCAACAUAUUUUGAGCCGUUAUUAAACUAUUUAAGGCAUGGGCAGAUUAUUCUCGAUGCUAAUGUAAAUGCAGCAGGUGUUCUGGCAGAAGCACGUUUUUAUGGAAUAGAAGGUGCUAUUGAAAUAUUAACUACAAUGGUCGACGAAGAGGAUCAACAAAAAAGUGGAUUAGUAUCCUUAACGAGAAAAGAUGUACUUAAGGCCAUCAUGUCAACGCCUGUUAUUUCAGAACUUAGAUUCCAAGGUGUUGAUUUUGUUGGUGCUGAUCUAUCGAAGUUAGAUCUCAGGAAUAUUAAUUUUAAGUAUGCAAUUAUGCGCGGUUGUACUCUAGCAGGUGCGAAUUUAUCAGGUUGUUGUUUCGAUCGCGCAGAUUUAUCCUAUGCAAAUCUUCACGGCGCUCAGCUCGUCUGCGUAAAAAUGUUAUGCGCGAAUCUUUUCGAGGCCAAUCUACAUUCGUGUAAUUUCGAAGAUCCUGCUGGAUCACCUGCCAACAUGGAAGGUGCCAAUUUGAAAGGUGCCAAUCUCGAGGGCAGCAACAUGACUGCUGUAAACCUUAGAGUUGCGACGUUAAAAAAUGCUAUUCUAAGAAAUUGUGUUCUCAGGGCGGCUAUACUGGCUGGUGCUGACUUAGAAGACGAUGUUGAAACGGAGGAUAAUAGGAUUAAUUACUUAAUACAUUUUAUACACCGUAUAUUUUAUUUCUUACGGAAGAACAAUUUUUGCAUCUGUAGCUUCAUUUACGGUAUUUGCAAGAUCGAUUUUUCAUCCCCGAAAGGAAUCAUCGAAAUUAGAAAAUCGUUCGAAUUAUCGGUGAGAUAAAGUAAGAAGCUUUCCGUCGCGUGUGGUGAGUUAAAAAGAUGUGUGUGUGUUUUACAAUAGUAUUCUACGUGUCCAUGUGCACGAUAAUCACAUAUGAACCAUUAUCGGAAUGAAAGAAAUAUUUAAUUUCUUUUUUGUUUUAUUUUUAUGAUCGUUCAACAUGGACGAUAUUCUUGUUUUAUUAAAGGAUGUACGUGUUGCUUUAAGUACAGAUUUUACGUGGUCGUAAAAAUUUUGUUUUCCGUCUUAACUUAUAUCUAUGAGAUAGUAAUAUAUGUAAUCGAGUAUGCCUAAUGAAUUUUUACCGUUUACACUGGUGGCGAGGAAACAGUUCUUUUAGGUAGAAACUAUGAAAUCCUACAACAGCUGUUAUCGUUGACCAAACUUUACAUAUUUGUGUUGGUCGAACGCAAAUACAAAUUUUGAAACAAAAACAUGACAAAGUUUUUAUAUAUUAAGUUGACGAAUAGUCCGACGUAACUGCGAGUAUUGUCUCGCAUAUUUGCGUCACUGAAAUUGCAUUCAAUACUGUUACUACCUAAAGAUGCCUAAUUACAGUAAUCAUACCGACAAUAGAGAUAUAAACGGGCCAAAAUAGAAAUUACUGUGACAGUCCCUGUGGUAGGAACGAUGGCCUUAAACAACCGAUACUUUUUGUCACUAUUUUAGCAACAUGUAAUUAUUAUGUAAUGUUAGAAUCGAGUCACGUCAUAAGGAAUUAAGGCCGUAUAGUAUAACUGACACUUUAGCUACCGAAAACUUUUAUUUAUUUUUAAAUGAUAAUUUCGGAAGAACUUAUUAGAUCGUACAACUUGAAAUAAUACGUUACCGAUACAAUUGUUAUCGGUAUUGAACGGUUGCGAAGAAAUUAUUGGCCAGUCGUCGGUAGGUAAAGUGUAAAGAAAAAGUCUCAGUGCUAAUUUGAGGUCGACGUACAUACGGAACAACGUACAUUACAAGGGGACAGACAUUACAAGAUCCAAAUGUUUCCGCAAAUGUUUGUAAAUAACGUGCGUUCGACGUUGUACACGAAAUGCCGAUUGUAACAUUUAGGGCCACGACACACGAGCAUUGCUAAGCGUGUUUUUUACCCUUACUGCGCAACACAUGCAGCUUAGGCAACUCCAAUUUGUACGACGUUAAUUCCGGUGGGUUGCCUGUAAAUUGUACGUUUCCGAUAGAGUCUUGGAAGAAAUCGAUGCGACUUUCGACUAUAAGACAAAGUUUUGCUGUCUGUCCGAAAAAAAACAUAAUUUAUUGAAAGAAAAUAUAAUGUAAGAAAUCACGAA